AUGGACAUUCUCACGAAAAAGGAAAAUAUUCCCCAAUGGGAAUUAAAUGAUUUUAAUAAAUUUGUUGAAUUUGAGGUAAAUGAAUUGUAUAGUAAUAAGUUAAUACAAUUUACAAAUAGCAACUUACAUGAUGUUUUUAUAUAUUAUAUAAAAACUGUAGAUAUUAACAAUUUAAUUAAUUAUAUAAUUUUGAAAUUUUUGUGGAAUAUAAGCAAAAUAAGCAUCUCAAUAAAAUUAAACAAUAAUAAAAUUCACACAUGGUUACAAAAAGAUAAGCAAACAAAUAUAUGUCUUACAUUCUAUAAUUGUAAACAAAAUAAUAUAAGCAAUUUAUAUUAUUAUGAUACAUUUUUUUCGGAAUUUUAUAAUAUGACUAAUAUAUAUAAUCUUAAUUUUCAUAUACAUAAUGAGUGUUUAAAAAAUAUAAUUCAUCUAUAUAUAUCACUUAUAUAUUUAUGCAAUAUAACGAAAAACGGUAAUUUAUUAAAUGCGGCUAUAGCUAAUUUCCUAUAUCAUGCAAAAAUAAAAAAAGACGAAAUAUUACCUGCACAGGCAAGGAAAAAAAAAGGUAUUAUUGCUUUUUCCAUAAUCAGAUUUUUAACUGAUAAUAAAAAUAAUCAUAAAAAUGAAGAAAAAAAAGGCGAAAAUGAAAAUGAUAAAAAUAAUGAAAAUAAUGAAAAUAAUGAAAAUUGUUCUAACAACAAUGGGGAAAAUAAGAGGUCUGGAACAGGACGGAGGGAGGGCGAAGAAAAUGGCAAAAAUGACGAAAAUAGAAAAAAUGACGAAAAUAGAAAAAAUGACGAAAAUAGAAAAAAUGACGAAAAUAGAAAAAAUGAUGAAAAUGAUGAAAAUGAUGAAAAUUCGAAUGACAGUGAAGAGGGGGAAAAUAAUCCAAAGAAACAAAAAAAGAGAAAGAAAAUGGAAAAUCCAAAUGGAGAAAAAAAUGUAAAGGAUAUAAGCCCCAAAAGCAAAACGAGAAAAAUACAAAAUAAAAAAAAAAAUAAAAAAAUUGAUGAUGAAGAAUAUAUUUCAAAUUAUCGAAAUGAAGGAGAUGCUAGAAAUAUGAAAAGAAAAAGAAAAAAAAAACAAUUAGGAAAUGGUGAAUAUGUUAUUGAUGAUAUAUCUGAACCCAAUGAAGAAAAUGAUAAAGAUGAACUUAUUAAUGAAAAUAAUUUAUCAAAGGAAAGUGAUGGUGAAUAUAUAUAUGACCAAGAAUUAAACUUAUAUACAGAUGAAGAUAUUGUAGAAGAAAAAGAAAUAUUAAAAACAGAAGUUUAUAGUAGUGAUUCAGGAUUUUGUGAAAAUGAUUAUGGAUCGGGAAGAAAAAGAAAAAAAAGAAAAAUCAGAAAAAGUGUAAAAAAAGAAAAAAAAUAUAUUAUUAAAAAUACGAAAAAUAUAUAUACUGGAAAUGAAAAAAAUAUUUAUGAUGAAAAUAAAACGAUAAUUGCAACAAAUAAAAUUAUUUCAAAUAAUAAAAAAAUGGCUAAUCAAUUUGAAGAAAAAAAUAAUGAUCCUUCAAAAAUUGAAGAAUCAAAUAUAGCAACUGAAGAAAAUGAAAAUGAAAAUAUAAAAAUAGAUCCUGGUGAUAAAACAAUAUAUUUAAGUGAUGAAGAUGUGAAAAAAUAUGCAAAAAUAAUUAACAAAAUUAAACAAAGCUUAGACAAAGAAAAUAUAAAAGUAGAUACAUAUUCUAUUAGUAAAAGUAUUGUAGAAAAUGUUAUAAAAAAAUAUAAAAAUAAACUAGAUAUAAAAAUGAAGUUAUUUUCUAUUUGUAGUAACUUAUUAAGAAACGAUAAUUCUGAAUUGAGAACAAAAAUAUUAAACGGAAUUAUACAUUCCAGUGAUUUAGCAAACAUGGAUGCAUCUGAUUUAGCACCUAUAAGUUUACAAAAUAAAAGAAAAGAGCAUGAAAAAAAAUAUUUUUAUGAAAGCAUUUAUUUACGCGAAAAUUAUAUAAAUAUAAAAAAUGCUAAAAAUAAUGAAGAGGAAUAUUAUCAACAUAAUAUAUUAUAUGAUGAAAAACUUAAACAAGAUGAUAAUAAUUCUAAUAAAAGAAAUGAUAACACUAGUAGGAGUAGAAGUAACUCUAGUAAUAGAAGUAGUUAUACAUCUAAUUUUGAUAAAAUUGAUAUAACAAAUGAACCUUAUAAUAAUAAUGAUAAAAAAAAUAUGUUAAUAGAAAAUGUUAAUAAAAACAAUAGUGAUGGAAAAAAUCAAGUAUUUUCUCAACAAAAUAUUAGUAACAAUGUAUCAAAUAUCAAAGAAAAAAAAAAAAAAAAAUCAAAAGAUGAAGAACUUUAUCAUAAUACUUAUAUAAUUCCCUCAAUAGAAAAAUAUGCUCUUGAAAAUACAUAUGAAAAUUUGAAAUCUGCUUAUAAAAAUAUGCCAAAAUAUGCUUCUUCUCCUAUUUUAACAUUUUUAGAUAAUUCAUAUAAUAGAGUUCUUUCAAUAAUAGAUGCAAGUAGAAAUGAAGAAUUAUGA